AUGGUGAUUUGGGUGGCCGGCAUCCUGCCUGUCCUUUUCUGGGCUGCCCUUCUUAUGCCCCUGGGCACUGCCACUGCUACCAGCUUACCUACUGAUCUUGGGAUUCAUCAUCCUUCACAGCCUACAAGCAAGAGCCCUGCUCCCCAACUUGCCGAUCAUGAGUUCGCCAGCCUCUGCAGCCUCGUGAAUAGGGGAAACCUUGCAGUCUUGCCUGCCGAUAUUGGAAUUCGUCAACCUUCACAGCCUGUCUGUCUCCACAGUCUUCGUUAUGACAUUACGGUGGUCUCCCAGGAUGGAUCUGUGCAAACACGAUUCGUUGCUGAGGAAUAUUUUGAUGGAAAGUUAUUCCUGCAGUAUGACAGUGAAAAAGGCAGGGCAGAGCCCCUGGGGCCAUGGGCAGAAGCCCAGCUGGGAGCUGAGACCUGGGACUUAGAGACCAUGGGCUUUACAGACAUACGUAUGGAGCUCAGAAUGACCCUGUUCGACAUCAUGAAGCUGCAGGAUCAGAAAAGAGGUGAGAGUGGGGAUGAGACAGAGGAGUGUUUGCAUUCCCUCCAGGAGACCCUGGGCUGUGAAAUCCAGGAAGAUGAUGGCCCCGGGAGCUUCUGGAAUUACUGCUAUGGCAAGGAGCGUUUCCUCUGCUGUCACCCGGAGACCAAGAGAUGGACAGUGCCCCUGUCCUCGGUGCAGACCUUGGCAUUGGAAAUGAGGAAGACCUGGGAUGUAGAUAGGGAUAAACACAAAUAUUACGGUCACCAUGUGGAAGGAGAUAUUUGUAAAAGGCUGCGGAGCUACCUGGACUUGGGGAGAGACUUCAUGGGGAGAACAGCAUCAACAUGUGGACCCAGAGAUGCCCCCAGCAGUGAACGUGACCCUCAGUCAGGCCAUGAAGGGCAAAGUCACCCUGACUUGCUGGGUUGCUGGCUUCUAUUCCCGGAAAAUCACACUGACCUGGCUUCAGGA